AAUGGUCUAAGGAAGUGACAGACGAGUCUAACACCUUUUUCUUUUCUUUUUGCGACCAUUCAACGAACCAAAACAAAAAUAAUCAAAGAAUCAAAAAUUGAAGAACAACGACAACGGUUUCGUCUCCAUGAUUAUGAUGGACAGAGAAAAAGGGUUUCACAGAUCACUCCAUUAAUAAAAGAGAAAAAGGUAAGAACUUUUAUUUCGGUAGCCGCUAAGCUCUAAAGAAAUGAAAAGUAAAGAAGAAGAGGAAGAGGAAGAAGAUGGAGGAGGAGGAGAAGGGCAAAAAGGGAAGAGCCUUAUUGAAAAGUUAAGGAGAAGAGCCGUUUCUGUAGGCCAUAGAAGAGUGUUUCGCCCACCUUCCACUCCAGCGCACAUUAGCUUUAACCCUAAUAACCCUUCUUCUUCUUCAAAAUUCGCAUCUUCCUCUAGAAAGCUUGCAGCUUCUCUCUGGGAGUUUUAUCAGUACUACGACCAAGACCACGAUAUUCCUCCUGUAGCUAAAAUGCACCGAGCUCCGUUCAGUUAUGGUGGUGAUCCUAGUAACCGCCGUCUCCGUCACGGCCAUGGAAAGUCGGCGGUUGGAGAUAAUGGCCUCGAUCUUACUGAUGACCAGCCAGAGAGUGCGGGGAGCAUAAGGAAACAGAUAGGCCAAAUGCUAAUGAAGCAUCAUCAAUUAACACAAAGAAACGACCAUCCUUUGCAGCCCUUGUCUCCUGCUAGCUCCCUCGAGGUGGCUCCAUAUAAAGGAGCAAUAACUCCGGGAAGCUCAUUGGAUCUUCAUGGAAGAAGACGAGCUGGUGAGCCUAACAACAACAAUCUCAAGACAUCAACCGAACUUCUUAAAGUACUGAACCGGAUCUGGAGCCUCGAGGAGCAGCAUUCCGCUAACAUCUCCUUGAUAAAAUCCCUAAAAAGCGAGCUUGCUCACUCACGCGCCAGGAUCAAAGAGCUUCUCAGAUGCCAGCAAGCCGACAGACGCGAGAUGGACGAGUUAGUGAAGCAGCUCGCGGAAGAGAGGCUCUCAAAGGACACGAAGGAACGCGACCGGUUAAGCUCCGCGGUUCAGUCGCUGGAAGAGGAGCGGAAACUGAGGAGACGGUCCGAGAGUUUGCAGAGGAAACUAGCACGGGAGCUCUCCGAGGCGAAGUCGACAUUGUCUCACUGCGUCGACGAGAUGGAGAGAGGGAGUAAGUCGAAGAAGAUGCUGGAGAGGCUAUGCGACGAGUUCGCGAGAGGGAUCAAGAGCUACGAGAGGGAGGUUCACGGUUUGAAGCAGAAGGUGGAUAAGAGCUGGGAAGGAUGGGGUGAGGAGGAUCAGAUGGUUCUUUGUAUAGCGGAAACGUGGCUUGACGAAAGGAUCCAGAGCGGUGAGGAAGGAUCUGUGCUGGAGAAGCUGAAGCUUGAGAUAGAAGCGUUUCUUGAGAGUAAGCAGAAGCUGAGUGGUAAUGAGAUACCCAAGAAUCGUAGGAGUUCACUUGAGUCGGCUCCGUUUCACGCCACGAGCGCGCCGAUUCAGGAAGUGGACAGCGAGGAGGAGGAGGAGGAAGAUUCGAAUUGCUUUGAGCUCAAGAAACAUGGAACGGUGGAAAGAAGACGGAGUCAAAGCCCGUCGAGUUUACAGGUGAAGUUCGAGGAUCAGAUGGCGUGGGCCAUGUCUAAUAAUGAGAAGAAGAAGAAGAAUAAGUCUAGAGACAUUGAAGCUGAUAAGGGGGAGAAAGAGGGGGAGAAAGAGAGGAACAAUGCGGUUGGAGAGAUGAUAAGAACUCAUCGGAGGUUACUGUCGGAAACUCAGGGAAUCGAUGAGGGUUCUUGCAGUUACCAACCAAGUAGGAGAGCAGAGAGCCCGAUUCGGCAUUGGAAUCCGAGAGCCAUGACGUCUGAUCUAACGGCGCAAGGAGUGAAGGACAACACUUUGAAAGCUAAACUAAGCGAAGCGAGAACCAAAAGUUCCCGGCCACGGAUUCGGCUAUUCAAGGGCUAAGAAUCUGUAUAACUGCCCGUAGAUGGAACAAUCUGAGAGAUUUUGUCGGGAAAUAGACACAAGUUUGAUGGCUAUAUUCCAUGAGUCGGGCGGGAUAUGUUCAGUCUGUAAAUUGUUUUUAACUAUAGUAUAUCUGUGUAAUAUCAGUUUCAUUUUCUCUGAAAUUUGGUUUGUUUGUC